CUUCCUAAUCCAAGUGGCUAUUUUUGCUGUGCAUUCGGGCUUGAAAAGGCAGUGUUGGGGCUGCUGUUUGGGCUGAUUUUGUAGUGGAAGUUUGACUCUGUCAUUGGGCAUCGUGUGGGGUGGUUUUCACUGCUGUUUUUUUGAAGCUGAUUAUGGGACAAAAGAUGAAAUAAGGAUCACAACAGUCUAUGGUAAACACAGUGGUAGAGAGAGAAGGAGUCUUUGGAACAGGCUUCAAACACUCCAAACCAACAACAAGUGGAUUGUUGGGGGGGGGGGGGGAUUUCAAUAUUAUUGCUCAUUGGAGUGAACACAUGGGCAAGACAUUGCCUAAUCAAAAUGAUAUGGAAGAUUUCAAAGACUGCAUAGCUAAAUGUAAUCUUCACCACCCUCACUCUCAAGGAUCAACUUUUACUUGGUCAGGAGGUAGGAGGAAUGGCAUGGUUUUCAGAAGGUUGGACAGGGUUCUGAUCAAUGAGGCUAUGAUGCAAUACUUUGAUGAUAUAUUUGUUAAGCACCUAAGCAAGGCAACUUCUGAUCAUAAGCCUUUACUCCUAUCAUGCUCUAAGGAAAAUAAUAGGAGUCCUAAACCAUUCAGAUUCAUAGAUGCAUGGACUAAUCACCCAUCCUUCAUUAAAGUGGUAUCUGAUUAUUGGAGCAGCUCACACCAAUAUGGAGGUAUGGCUGGUCUGAGCAACAAACUCAGGGGGCUUAAGGCUGUUCUUAAAGAAUGGAAUAAAAGCACUUUUGGCAACAUUUUUACCAAUCUUAAGGAGGCUGAAGAUCAAGCUAUACUAGCCCAAGAAGCAUAUGACCAGGAUCUUUCUCCUAUUCACAGGGAAGCAGACAACAAAGCUAGGGCUCAUCUCAUUCAAGCUACCAAUAUUGAAUUACUCUUUUGGAAACAAAAGGCCAAUCUUAAAUGGAUUACUGAGGGGGAUUGCAACUCUAAGUUCUUUCAUGCUUAUGUUAAAGGCAGAAGGGCAAAAGCUAAAAUUAGGAGCAUUUGUGAUCAAGAUGGAAAAGAGGAUAGAGACUUGGAAAACAUAAGCAAAAAAGCUGUUGAACACUUUUCAAAUGCAUUCAUCAAAACCCAAUCCAUUCAUAUGGAGCCUUUGAUGGAAUACUUAGAGGAAGUUAUAUCAUAUGAGGAUAAUCAGAGAAUAUGCAAAUUACCUUUUGAAGAGGAAAUAAAAGCUGCAGUGUGGUCCCUUGAUCCAGGAAGUGCUCCAGGACCAGAUGGCUUCAAUGGAAAAUUCUUCAGGUCCUGCUGGAAUAUUAUCAAAGUGGAUGUUAUUAGUGCCACUCAGGAAUUCUUUACUGGUAUACCUAUUCCCAAGGCAUAUGGAAGCACCUUUAUAACCCUUAUCCCCAAGAAUGAAAAACCUAAAGUCUUUGGUGACUACAGACCAAUUUCAUUGUCCACUUUCAUGAGCAAAAUAAAUACAAGGAUACUGGCUGAUAGAAUUCAAGCUCUCCUCCCUAAAAUUAUAUCUCCUGAGCAAACAGGUUUCCAAAAAGGUAUGGGGGUGGAGGAACAAAUUCUAUUGGUUGAAGAAAUGGUACACAAAAUUGACACCAAGGUCAGAGGAGGCAACAUCAUUGUUAAGAUUGACAUGGCUAAAGCUUUUGACAACCUGGAGUGGCAGUAUCUUCAGGGGGUACUUAACAAACUGGGCUUCUCAACCCAUGCCCAGAAUCUGCUUAUGGCUAACCUUAAAUCCACUUUUCUCUCCAUUUUGAUUAAUGGCAGCCCCAAGGGAUACUUCCAGAUGAAGAGAGGAGUUAAACAGGGUGACCCCCUAUCCCCACUCCUCUUUAUCAUUGCUGGAGAGGGUCUUUCUAGAGCUCUCAAUUUAUCUAUGAAGUCAUCCUACAUCACCAACUAUAACACUGGAAGAGAUAUGAUGAUAAGCCAUCUUGCUUUCGCAGAUGACAUUAUCAUUUUCUAUAAUGGAGAGUGUAGAAAUAUCUAUAAACUCAAACAUAUUCUCAAUAUGUACAUGGAGGCCUCUGGACAGCAGAUUAACUAUGAAAAGAGUAAAUUUUACUGUGGGAACAAACUAGGCAGGUCAGCCAUUAGCAAGAUUGAAGGAUUCCUGGGAAUGAAACAUGACAAGCUUCCUUUCAAAUAUCUUGGAGCACCAAUUUGCAAGGGAAAGUUAAAGAAAACUGAUUGUGGUGAGCUUCUCAAACACUUUAAUAAGUACAUUGAUAGUUGUGGUUAUUACGGUCCGCCUUCCUACUACCAAUCACCCAACCGCCCUCCGUACCAUCCACCUUACCACCCACAUCAGAACCCAUAUGAUGAUGACUACCAAGUUGACAAUAGGCCUGACUACUAUCCCUACCAUGAGGAACCACCAUAUGAUACCCCAUCUAGAAACUUUGGAUAUUCUCCAUACCAAGAUUCUGAUGAGGAUAAUUAUUAUGAACCUCAUGGAGAUAACGAUGAUUAUGACCAAUAUGGGCCAAUGCACGACAAGCAAUCUGACCCACUCGUCGAAGAAAUCAUAAGAUUAGAGCAGAAAAUCUUCUAUUUCGACGAGGUUUUAUUUGCUGAAGGUUUCUGGUACGAACCACCUUACUCCCGUGACUACACUUUGUUUGCUGAAGAGCAAAUUGAAGCAAACAAGGUGGCAAUUCGAGAAAGAGCAAAACUUCUUGAAUCAGUCCGGAAGGAAAAGGAGUUCGAAUGGAGAUUAUGCGAAGGAUCAGAUAUGAUGCAGAAAAUGCUAGAUGACUUUCAAAGAGAGAGACUAGAAGCUGAGGCUAAAGCUGAUAAAUUAGUCAAUGAUCUCUGCAAGGCUGUUGAACUUAAACGCUCCCUCCAAUAUCAAGAUCAAAUGAGGGAGAUUAAUAAACCCGAGAGCAUAACAACUCUCGCCAAGGCGACUGUGGUGGAACCAACUGAGGGACCUGACUCAGAACCACCUAUGCUUAUUCAAGAAAAGAAGGAGGAGGAAGUUUUGCCUUUGGCGAUUAACGACCAUCUCCUUAAUUGUGUUCAAGACACAUCUCCAGAGGAACCUGUUCUAGAGGAAGUAGAGCCCAUUACCUGCCCCCAAGAUUCAAUUGAGUCCGAGCAGGAAUCUACAGACGAGGAAGUACGUUGCACUGAUGAACUAAUUUCGUCUAUAGAAACCUGCACAACUAAUGAUUCAUCUGAAGCCUCAGACCAUACUUUCUUUGAUUCCCUACUUGACGGGUAUGACUAUGUGUGCCCGAAGGAUGGUUGGAACUUAAAGAGUUGGGAUGAACUUCUAAUGAGUGACGACGAGGACUCUUCCUUGGGGGAGGGUACGAUCAUAAUCAUCGAACCACAAAUGGAUAGUCAGCCAAUUGAAGAUAAGGAAGAAAUCAAUUUCACAAUCAAGGCUAAUGAUGUGGAUCUACUGAGGAGACUUCCGCCCCCACCCACCUAUACAAAGUCUCCUCCGUUUAUCCUGUUGCCACCAAGCCACAGGGAUAAAUCAAGGAUCCUGGACCUUGACCGAGCAAAAACUCAAACAGGGUGGCAUCAGAAGAGAGUCAAAAGGGUCAAACUUUAUGACUCUCGGAUCGGAAAGUCACGGAAAAAGUGGAUGGAUGUUGCUUGGAUGAUUCCGCAUGGAAACCACCACACAUUACGGAACCUGGAAGAGCUCCCCUUGCACUCAGAAGAAGCAAGGAAGAAGUUUCUCACUUGGGGAAACACGAAGAUGCUCCAGCCGCCCAUGGUGCUAGACCCUGCCUAUCUGGAUGAACUAGGUCACUGGCAGGACAUUGAUGAGUUUCUGUACAACCCAAAAUGGAGGAUCCUGCUGUUCUUGCAAGCACCAGCUAGCCUGGAAGUCACCAUCGAGUUCCUUUGCUCUCUCCGCUUCCUCAAUAACGGAGAGGAAGUAAAAUCAGCAGCAGAAGUCACCUCCACCACCAAGGUCACAUUCACUCUCAUGGGACGACUGCUGAGCCUUACCGUGGAGAAUUCUACACCAUGCAUUGACUCAUAGCUACUUUGGCCGUUCUCAUGGCUCUGAUGUGGUGUUUGAUUCCGAUAUGCUAUUUUUCUGGAGUCUGGAAGCGCGCGUACCAGUCAAUCUAGCAACUUUUGUGGCUCGAUUCCUAUUUGCUCAGUCGACUAGCAACCACCAGUUUGUCUUAUGUGGGCCAAUGGUUACGCUUCUG